CAAAGUUGCAAUUUGGUUCGGAGCGUUGAUAUCAUUGGCGCGGAAGUGCAGUUGGGACCACACAAAAAGGUUCCAAAGACGUUGUGGAGUACCUGUGUUACGCAAAAGAUCCUGUGAGAUUCUGGCAGAACAUCCGUGAUGUCUCAUCAAACUGGUAUCCACGCUACUUCUGAGCUGAGGGAAUUCUUAGCCAAAGCCCGAGGAGGAGCAAUAAGGAUAAUCAAAAUUGUCAUUAGGAACGAGCAGCUGGUUUUGGGGGCAUACAGAGAGCCCUCUCAGAGCUGGGACCGCGACUAUGACCACUUCCUGCUUCCAUUGCUGGACGCCCAGGAGCCCUGCUACAUCCUGUAUCGGCUGGACUCUCAGAACGCACAAGGCUAUGAGUGGAUCUUCAUCUCCUGGUCACCGGACCAUUGCCCUGUGAGGCUGAAAAUGGUGUAUGCUGCCACAAGGGCCACUUUGAAGAAGGAGUUUGGUGGAGGUCAUGUGAAAGAUGAAAUGUUUGGCACAAUUCAGGAGGAUAUGUGCUUCCAGGGCUACCUUAGACACAUGUCGUCCUGCUCCUCACCAGCUCCUCUGACCACUGCUGAACAGGAGCUGCACCGAAUCAAGCUCACAGAGGACAAAGUAGUAAGGGAUGAACGCAGACGGCUACCCACUCCAAUAGGACGACCCAAGGUAAUGACAGAGAUCUGCGUAGGAAACAAGCUUCAAGGUUUAGCCUUCCCUCUUCAGGAGGAGGCCAAACGAGCCCUGGUGCAGCUCAAACACAAACUUAUCAACUAUAUUCAGCUGAAACUGGAUGUCGAGAAGGAAACCAUUGAACUAGUCCACACAACCCCUACAGAGACACGGGACCUGCCAUUCCGCAUCCCCUCAAAUGCCCCACGCUAUCACCUCUUUCUAUACAAACACUCCCAUCAGGGACAGCAUCUGGAAUCUCUGGUGUUCAUCUACUCGAUGCCCGGCCACAACUGCAGCAUCAAGGAGAGGAUGCUGUAUUCUAGCUGUCUAAACAGACUUUUAGAUGAGGUUGAGCGAGACUACCAUCUUGAGGUCACCAAAAAGAUGGAGAUUGACAGCGGUGAAGGGCUGACGGAGGAGUUCUUAUAUGAAGAAGUACACCCUAAAUCAAACUCUGUGAAGCAAACUUUCGCCAAGCCCCGAGGCCCCCCUGGCAAGAGGGGCAACAAGCGACUCAUAAAGGGGGGAGGAGAGAAUGGGGAGGAGAGCUAA